UGACCAGGCAGGCGUAUACGCAACGAAUCGAGCGCCUCGCGCGUAUUAUUGAAAAACGAGAUUUUGGGCACACAUCGCGCGUUUUGUCCGUUAAAAUUUAUGAAUAAAUGCAAGCAAGGAUACUGAGUGCAAGAGUUAUGGUAAUCAUUUGUAUGCAGACGCAAUAUAAGCACACAAAUUUGCAAAAAUAACACAAAUUAACAAACAGAAAAUAAAGAAGAAAAUAUCAAGUGAAGACGGCAAAAAUUAUUAAAUAUUCAUAUAAAUCCCCGGCUAAACAUUGCGGCUUAACGUAACAAAAUAUAAAAAGAAACAAACAAACAAAGGCUGCCGGCAGCUUUCGUUUAACAGAAAAAGCAAAAAACAUAGCAACAAGUCGGCUUCGUCAUUGGAUUUUGGUCAAGAACGUUGCCAGGCGGCGUCUUCACACUCGUCCAUGUGGUUAUUGCUGUUGUCAUAGUGUUUAUUAACAUACAACUUAACGGCGGUGGCAUCGUCGUCUUCGUCGUUGGCGUCGGCGUCGGCAUCGGCGUCUGUUUCCAAGAAUUGUUGGCUGUUAACUUUCAAACCACCAAAAGCGGCUAAGAAGCAGCGUGGAAGCGCAGAAAGCAACAAACAAGUCAGUUUUUAAAGCGUGUAAGCCGAGAAGGUGCGCCCUGCCCGAGUCCACUACAGUCUAUAUGUCUCUGACUAAGUGUUAGUGAGUGUGUCUGUCUAAGUGUGCGUGUGACAGCCUGAUACUGUGUCUCGGAUUCUAAAUUUGAUAACUGUGAAAUUAUAUACCUACCUGCUGCAGCAUCGAGCGUCGCAGCAAGGAAGCGGCUGUGAAGCAGAAAAGCUCCCCACGGGCUCGCCGUAGAGUCGUGGCACACCGCAGCGCAAAUUGGCCAGUGACUGAGAUUUCAUAAUAAAGCGCAAAAGAAUUGAACAGCAUCCAACUGACGCAAUUCAAUUUGCGACGACGACAGAGACCACAAGCACAUAAAUUGAGAUUAAGCAAGCGCUCAGAUUCAGAUUCAAAUACAGCAACAAAAAAAGCAAUAGCAAUAGCAACAAGAUAGAGAAAACAGCACAAAAGAGGAGGGAGGAGAGUGGUGAGAAGCACCGCCAUCCAGCUAGAAAACAUAACAAAUCAAUCACAGUUUGCUGCGAGCAGACCGUUCCACAAAAAUUUGCAUGAGCCAACGGAAAAACAUUAGCCAAAAUCAAGCGAAACGUGGGCCAAGUGGUUUUUUAUGGCAGCUGCGCCAUACACUGCACAAGCGUAGCACGAAAAAGAUGAAAACAAUUUCAUGAUACUACAAGUGGUCCGAAUCGGUGCUAUUGAACUAUCUGAGAAUGCCAUCGACCCCCUACGAUUUGGUGCAGGAUGAUCAGGAUCUGCGUGUGCCGCUCCAUGCCGAGCAGGCCUUCUUCCAUGGCAUCACGUUCCAGGCAAAGUUUGUUGGCUGGGAGGAGGUGCCGAGGCCGAAUACACGCGCUGAAAUCGUUCAGGCCAUGCGACGCAUUAGGUACGAAUGCAAAGUGCAGAAUCUGAAGAAGCGUAAGGUGACCAUAAACAUAUCGGUAAAUGGCGUGCGUGUUGUACUCAAGAAGCGUCGGCGAAAAAAAAAGAAUUGGACCAACGAUCCGGAGGAAAUCGAACUGCUCAAUCAUCCCAUUUAUAGAAUAUUUUAUGUGUCACACGAUAGCAGCGAUCUCAAGAUAUUCAGCUAUAUAGCGCGCGAUGCCAGUACGGACACCUUCAAGUGUUCCGUUUUCAAAAGUCACAAAAAGUCACAAGCCAUGCGCAUCGUACGGACGGUCGGACAAGCCUUUGAAGUGUGCCACAAAUUUAAUCUUCAUAAGAAUUCCCUGGAACCCAACGAUGAGCGCUCCGAUGUCUCAUCAGAGCUCCUCGAUGUUGAACAGAUUAGCGAACAGCAGCAGCUAAGCGAGGAUGGCGGCAACAACGGCACUGGAGGCGUCGAUACGCCAAAGAAAGAGCACUUGGCCAAAACGCCUGAUCUGAAUCACACACAGCCCCAACGGCCCAAUCAUCUGGAACUGUUGCCGCAGUCGAGCCUACGAAAAUCGACAAGCCUGCUGUGCGACUUGGAAGACAAAUUGGCCAGCACGCCAGCAUCGCCGCGCACUGAGAUCAGUCAGCUGAAGGAUCAGCUGGAGGCGCAGGCGCUGCAAACGCGUCAGGCGUUGGCGCAGCUGAUGUUGGUGCGGGAGCAGCUCAUAUCAGAGACCAAUGCGCGCAUCGAGGCACAGGCGCGCACGCAGCAGCUGCUGCAGCAGAAUCGGGAGCUGCUCGAGCAUUUGGCCUCUCUGGGCGCCUACAAUGAACAGCAGAGCGCGGGGCUGACAACAGCAAACAUUGGCAUGGCACCUCAGCUAUCGUCGACGGCGAAAGUUGCGCGUUGGUUUCAACAACUGCCUUGGCAUACCGCCUCACUGUCCCGACCCGAAAGCGGAUUCGUUUCGGGCGAUUCACGGUCUGAGAAAUAUCAAGAAGAUCAUUUUUACAGCGGCAUAGCAAAAGAAACGGAUGAUUUAUGCGAUGAGUUUUUGCUGGUGGAGGGCAGCAGCACCAUUUGGACAAAGUUAAGCGCCAAAAAGCGUCGUAAAUUGCUCGGCAUGCGCCUCGGCAAAGUGACAACGUUCUGAAGUGCUGAGCUGCCGACAGUGGCGACAUAAUGUGUGCGUUUAUUAGCUGUUAAGUGAUUUUGUAGCCUGCAGCAGGAACAACAUUUUAAAGCGAUUUAUUUUUCGAUAAAAACGAAUGUAAGCGACAAUUUCUUUUCUACAAUGUUAGCACUAAUGCGAUUUUAGUUAAGUUUAGUUUAGCUAAUGACUAAGCGUCUAGAUAUGCAUAUGAAAAUCAAUAGACUACUCUCGACCAAAUGAAUGAAAAACAAAAUGGCGCAGAAUGCUCAUUAAAAUGCCAUGCACGCACAAACAAGAAGAACAACAAAUGCGAAACAACAAGAUGAAAAUCAAGGAGAGAAAGAGAUAUAAGAACCAUAGCUAGUAGAGUACGAAGCUUAUACGGCGUAGACAUAAGUCAAUUAGUAACAAUAAAGCUAAAGCUCAACAUGUAUUUAAGUAUUAAUAAAGUAAGUGAAAGUAUUUCGCAUGUUAACUCACAAUCAUACACACAUCGAUGAGAGCAGAUAUACACGUACAUACAUAAUACAUAUAUUUAUAUAGCCGUCAGGCAAUUCAUUAGGCGGACAAACAACGCGCAUUAAUCAUACGCCACGUAAAACGAAGAAGCCACAAGCCAACGUGGCAUAAUAAAAACCGCAAGCCACGUCACGAUUCCCAACUUAACUUGGCCAAUUUUUUGUGUAUGAGAAAAACUGGUUUCAAAGCUAAGCAAACAACGGCGCGCACACAAACACACACACAAACUCCCUCCCAACAUACAAAGAAAGCGGAAAAUGCGCAUACAAGCUCCUUUUUUGGUUGGCAAAUAAACCAUCGACAAGGUAAUGCGCUGAAUACUCACGUUUCCCAUACGCCACGUUGGCCGCUUUGCUGCAAAGAUCAAAUGUUUGUUAUUCAUAAAUUUUCUGGAGGGUAGCAUAUUUACAUUUUUAUGCAUAAAUCGAUUUUUUCAAUGCUUUUUUGUUGCCAGCUGCAUGUAUUCCAUCCAGCUGUUCCAUAGUAGUGCGUGACAUACGUGGCGUAUGAGUGAUUAUCGAAAAUGAAAGCGAAAAUUUAGUAUUAAGCUUAUGAGUGGCAUUAAGCAGUGAAAGUUUGUAUCCACUCUAGUGCUUCUGAUAUACAUAUGUGGACUUAAAUGUUCAGCGUUUUUUUAAAGCUAAAUUUAAAACAGGUUUAGUUAAAGCUAAUCAAAUUUAGAUAAAUCCAUCGACAAAGAUAGGUAAGCAGUCAAUAGGAACGCAAUGCAAAAGACAAUAGCCGCCCCGGCUGAAAUUAAAGGUUAUUUAAACAAAUUCAAUAAGCAUAUAAGUACACUGAAAUUGUUCUUCUCAAGCAUUAAAUUGAGCUUUCAAAUAAAAUCCAUUAUCAAUAAAACUACAAAGUUUAAUCACAGAGAUACAGAAAUCAGUGCUUAUGAUUCCAAAAAGAAUUCAAAUUCGUUUAAAUUAAUUUCUUUUUUCGUUUAAUAGUUCAAUUGAAUAUUGAGCACAAAAAUAUAAAGAUAUUUAGCAUCACAAGUAAAUAGUUUCCUACAAAUAUAUAUUAUAUCUUUCCUAAAAAAAAAUUCAUUACAAAGUAAUUAUUUGGCAAACCUUUAGCAAACAUUACAAAUGAUUCAUUAAUUGGAAUUCCAUAUAAUUCAAUUAUCCUGCGUAUACUGCGAGUAGCAUUUCAAAAACAUAGUUUUAAUUUAUUCUGAAAUGCAAUACAAAAUACUGCAGUCACGUAUUGCGUUCCUAAUGAGUGCGCAUCGGAUGUCCUUUGGCUAAUUUAUAACAAACGAAACAAUUGCAGUUGAAUACAUUUAGCUAAAAGGAAAUAUAUUUGAAAUUAAUUUAUGCGUACAUUUGUGAGACUGAUACUGAAAAAUUGCACAAAUUGCAGCGAAAUGCGCGCAAGCACACAUACACACACAAAUACAUAAUCAUAAAUAACAAACACAUACUCAUGUAAGCUUAUAUCGCCACAUUUUACAUGUACGAGUAAAGUAU